UCCAUGCUACUUCCGGCUGGCAAGGUCAUCUCUCUCGUGUCGCUCAGUAAAAAAACCCAGGUGGACGAGAAACAGCAACUGAAUUUCAAAAACCAAAUCAAACCCAGAAAAACCAAAUUUAGGUUAAAAAAAUCACAGAAAAACCUAGAAGAAGAAGAAGAAAGUUAAAUUAUUGGCUGCCUCACACUGGCUUCUUUGUGUUAUGCAGAUUGAUAAUCUGGAGGAAUUCCUUCCUGCUACUGUCUAUGGGCGCUCCUAAGCAGAAAUGGAAUGCAGAAGAAGAAGCAGCCCUUAAAGCUGGAGUGGUUAAACAUGGGGCUGGUAAAUGGCGGACCAUACUUAAAGAUCCAGAGUUUGCUCGCAUCUUGUAUCUUCGCUCAAAUGUAGAUCUUAAGGAUAAGUGGAGAAAUUUGAGUGUCAUGGUAAAUGGAUGGGGCUCCCGAGAUAAGUGUAAGACAGUAACUAGAAGAAUGCCCCAGGUCCCCAAACAGGAAGAUAGUUCUAUGGCUCUCAGUGCUGGUCAAAGCGAUGAAGAAGUUAUGGAUGCUAAGCCUAUGACAGCAUCCAGUGAUUCACAGCAGGUUUCUGCUCCGAAGAGAUCCAUCGUGAGUCAUGACCGCAGGUUGGACGAUCUUAUUAUGGAGGCAAUAACUAGCUUGAAGGAUCCAGGUGGUUCUAAUAAGACUACUAUUGCUACAUAUAUAGAGGAACAAUAUUGGGCUCCACCAGAUUUCAAGAGGCUGUUGUCGGCAAAAUUAAAAUUCUUGACAGCAAGCGGUAAACUGAUUAAGGUAAAACGAAGGUACAGGAUUGCCCCUACUCCAACAUUUUCGGAAAAAAGAAGAAAUUCUUCUAUGUUUCUGUUUGAGGGCAGGCAGAGGGCUUCCCCGAAGUUUGAUAAGGAUGAUGGUACCAUGCUUAUGAAAACCCAGAUUGAUUUAGAGCUAGCCAAGAUGAGGACCAUGACCUCACAAGAGGCUGCUGCAGCUGCUGCUCGAGCAGUUGCAGAGGCAGAAGCUGCGAUAGCAGAAGCGGAAGAGGCAGCUAGGGAAGCCGAAGCAGCAGAAGCUGAUGCAGAAGCAGCACAAGCUUUUGCAGAUGCAGCAAUGAAGACACUAAAAGGAAGGAAUCCUGCAAAGAUGAUGAGUCGAUCUUGAUGAUGUUCAAUGAAUGGAAGAGCGAUAAACCAGAAGUUUUGUGGAACUACACCUAGAUACAGUUAUUUCACUACCUUGUAAAUUAUGAUAAAGCCUUUUUGGCAGUGGUAGAUAAGUGCCAAAGUCCACCUUUACUGGCAGAUAAAGCUAAAUUUGUUUAUUUGAUUGUCGAUUAGUUUCUGUGUAGGGUGGAUUGUCUUUUGAGAUCCAUCUGCUUCAUGGUGGAUGUUCAUUUUCUUUUUGGAAGUUUUAUGACUGCUCUGCGUCCAAACACACCAGCUCACGUUGGUGAUAGAAAAGUUAGUCUAACUGGGAAUCUGUUUUGUGCUUCUUUCUAUUUGAUUGAUUUGUUUCUGUGUUUUCGAGAUGGAAGUGAAGGCGGCUUUGUCUGCAGAGUUAUUCCAUUCAGGCAGCAGCAUGUAUAUGUUUUUUCCAUCAGACUGUAUACUCUGACCAUAUGGUAGCUGUGUAUUGUGUAGACAGGUGGACAUUUUGAAAUUUAUUAAAGUGAUUCUACCCAUCUUCGUGCUGAGAAA